AUGAGUAAAGUAUAUACGAAAUUUAUAGUUCUCUUUCUCUUAUUUGUAAAAAUAAAAAUUCACAUUUUAAAAGAAAUUAAUAAUGUGACAUUUUUAAGUUCUAAUUAUUUUUGUACAAAAUUUAAUAAAAGAGAUAAUAGAAAUAUAGUUUUAUACUAUCUUUUUAAUGAAAAAAAUAUAAAGCAGAAUUUAAAAAAAAGAAAAAUUGGUAAGAAAAAAUUAAUUUUAUUAUAUGAUUCUAUAACAAAUGAAGAUGGAAAUACUGAUGAUAAAAAUAAAGACUCAAAAAAAAAUUAUAUAAGUCAGAUUUUUCAAGGAAUAUCUAUUUAUCCUUUAAAACAAGAAGAUGAAGAUAAUCCAUUAAGAACAAAAAUACCAGCAAGAGAAUUUAAACCGAAAAGAAGUUUGGGUCAAAAUUACUUAAAAGAUGAAAAUAUAAUUCGAAAGAUGGUUGAUGCAGUUGAAUCAGGUAUUAGUAAGAAUUUCCUUUUUCAAAAUAAUAAGACGAAUGUUAAAAAAAAAAAAAAAAAAAAGGGAAAAAGAAAUGAAGAAAUUAAUAAAAGUGAAAAAAAAAAUGAUAAUAAUAUAAAUGCAGAAAAUGAAAUAAAUAUUAAAUGUCAAAAUUUUGAAAGUAUAAAGAAUAAAGGUAAUGGAAUAAUAGAAUUGGGUUGUGGUUUAGGGCAAAUUAGUAAAUUUUUAUUCAAAAAAUAUCCAAAUAUGACAGGAAUAGAAAUAGAUAGUAGAGCUUUAUCAAUAAUUAGCCGAACGAUGCCUGAAUUUGAUUUUAUUCAUGAUGAUGUAUUACAAGUAAAUUAUAAAGAAUUGUCUUUAAAUAAAAAGACAAAAUUAACUGUUAUUGGGAAUUUGCCAUUUUAUAUAACAUCACAAAUAUUAUUUUGCUUAUUAGAUUUUUAUAAAUAUAUAGAACAAGCAAUAGUAACUAUUCAAUAUGAAGUAGGACAAAGAAUAGUAGCUAAACCUAACGAUAAAGAUUAUUCUAUUUUAAGCAUACUUUUUAGUUUAUACUCUAAGCCUUAUAUGCUUUUUAAAAUUCCUAGUCAAGCAUUUUAUCCAAUUCCUAAAGUGGAAGCAGCAGUUAUGAAAAUUAUUUUUACAAAAGAAGAUAUUAAUUGUAAUUUGUUAUAUUUAAAGCAAAUCUUAAGGUAUGCAUUUCAACAAAGAAGAAAAAAAUUAAAAACAAGUUUAAAACCAUUACUUAAUGAAUACAAUAUUAAUCAAUUACCACAGCCAUUUUUAGAUCUCAGGCCCCAACAAUUAUUUCCCUUUCAGUUUAUUGAGCUUACCAAUUUGUUAUUUCCUUUAAAUUUAUAUCCUUUUGAUCAAAAUACUCAAACUAAAGUGUGGAGAAAAAAAAAACAUGGAGAAUAA